AUGGCAGCGCCGCCGCCGCCGGCGCUCCCGGGCGAGCUCGUCGAAGAGAUCCUCCUCCGCCUCCCGCCCGACGAGCCGGCCUGCCUCCUCCGCGCCUCGCUCGUCUGCAAGACCUGGAGUGGCAUCGUCUCCCACCGCGCCUUCCGCCGCCACCUCCACGAGCUCCACGGGGCACCCCCUGUCCUCGGCUUCCUCCACAACUGGGACGACGAGGUCAUCCCCCGCUUCAUCCCCACCACCGCAUCAUCCUUCUCCCUCGCCGCUCCGCAUCGUCAGUUCUGGCGGGCCCUCGACAGCCGCCAUGGCCGCGCCCUCUUCCUCUCCGAGGGCGAUGGUACGCAGGAACUCCUCCUGUGGGAGCCAACCACGGGCGUCCGGCACCACGUACCGGUGCCCGCGGCGUACGACUACGAGACAGUGUUCCAGCCGAACGCGGCCGUGUUGUGCGCAGCGGACCCGUGCGACCACCGUGACUGCCUCGGGGGUCCUUUCUGCCUGGUCUUCGUCUUCUCCGUCGAGGAAGACACUGACGACGAGGAGGAGUAUGUCACGUCGGCAUGCGUAUACUCGUCGGAUACCGGCACGUGGGGCGAGCUGACCUCGAUGCACGUCGAUUUCUUGAUAGACUUUACAUAUUAUUCGCGGGUGCUCGUUGUGAGGUCUCUGGUGUACUUCAUGGCCACCGGUGGGUCGAUCCUGGAGUACGAUUUAGCAAGGCACGACCUGAAUGUGUUCGAACCACCAGACUAUGAUCUACCCCACUCCGAGAGACUUAACCUCAUUCUGGCAGAGGACGGUGGACUGGGAGUUAGCCAAGCGUUGGAUUCACAUCUCAAAUUGUGGUCAAGGGAGGUAGCAAGUAACGGAACUGAUGCACAAUGGGUGCUAAGCCGGGUCAUCAACCUGAAAAAUUUGCUUCCAAUGCGUGCUCUCGCUCAUGCAGAUUAUAGUUUGCUUGUGCUGGGCUUUGCCGAGGGAGCAAAUGUCAUUUUUGUCAACAUGGUUGCUGGCCUCUUCACAAUUGAGCUACACUCGGAGCGGGUGAGGAAGGUAUGCCAUAAUCAUGGUUUCUGUAAUUUGGUUCCAGUUAUCGGCUUCUACACUCCGCGUUCUAGGCUGGAAGCACUCGGAGAUGAACAUCAUGACCUGCUGCCGCCACUGAACAUUACUGAGGAGGUGGGUGGUGAGGAGGAGGAUAAAACACUACAGCGGGCGCGAAAGCUGUUUGAUAAGUGGUGGAAGGACAUCGAAGAGGGGGGCUUCACCAACACCACUGACUUUUUCAGCCACGCCCUUGAGAUCAGGGUUCCGCUAUCUCCGGGGUGGGCUAGCAUAUUAUGCAGAUGUGGACGUGCCUUGCUAUGCAAAGCUAUGAAGGCAACCAAUCCUUCCAGAAAUGGGAAAAACAUGAAUGGCAAAAAUCAGGAGGAUAGGAAUGUGGCAGGUGGCGGUGACGAUUCUGAUUUGGAUCUGGCCUGGAAAAUGUUGCAUGUUGCAAGAGCGAUAGUUACCAAGAGCCCCGACAUGACAAUGGAGAAAGUUGAUAUAUUUCAUGGUCUAGCUGAAGUCUGCAAGAAAAGAGAGGACAGGGACAACGGAAUUGGCUACUACUCCAAAUCUUUAGCCAUCUUGGAGCAUUUGGUUAGGCCUGACCAUAUUCGAAUUGUUGACCUGUAUCCUUUUCGUGGUGAUAAACUGAUUAUAGUGUCAAUCACUCUGCUGGAUACAUUUAGUCAGUUUAGCUGA